UGGCACUACCUGACGCGUAAAACCUAAAAUGGCCGACUCUAUUUUGCAGAGCGUGGACGACGGUGAACAAAAUCGUAAAAAUUGUCGACAUACACGUUUGUAACCUUUCGAAAACUACGUUAAUUUGCUUGGGCGCGCGUCUCAAACAAAUCAUUACCAGUUUCGUGAUAAAACGGAUAAAGGUUGUGCAUUUUUCAAACGUAGCAAAUAGAUUUGUGCAUCACAAAAAGUUUGCCGAUAUCGGUGUGAAGUGAGAGAAAAAAAUCGGCGACGGUCCCCACUUGGCCACGGUCCCGAGAGCAGUUUUUCCGCAUUAUUUCGAUUUUUCAUUGUUCAUGUGAAAUUAUUCAGUUCGUGGCUGUGCAAGGCGAGGCGUUUUCGUGUGGCGGAAUUGUUCCGUGUGGUUGUUUUUGAUGCAAGAAUUAUUUAUGGUCUGAGGUGAACGGUGGUAGGAGCCGCAGCAGCAGUCGAGGCGCUCAGGAAUUCAACUUGCUGGGAAAGGUGCACGGAUAUAGUUCGCAACUUCAAUGACGCCAUUACGGCCCGGCUACAACUCACGGCAAGUAGCGACCACAGAAGAGGCGUUCCAUUUCGUCGAGCAUCGCAGAAGUGGACUCUCCGGGCCCAGCACAAAGGAAAUAAGAAUUUUCGAGAAGUGAACGACAGUCAAUUGGUUGAAAUGGAUAAUAUCAACAAUGUAUCAGAACAACCUGCUGGAAAUGACAGCCAUAUACCCCGGUUUUCUCCGAACUGCGAACAAAAACAAAUGCAGUCGGACACUUACGUGAAAGUUAAUGGCGAUCACAACAUGCCACAGCACAUCUUUCCCAGUGAUGAUGAGUCAAUUGCAACGACCCCGUCUUCAUCUUCAUCGCCACGGAACCUUAUUAUCGAUCAUCAAGACGAAAAUUCUAAGGAUGGUGGUGAUGAUAAAAAAGCAGGCGGGCAUUCCAAACGACCGUCAAUAGAAACGGAACCAUUUCCUGAAUUGUUCAACGUUAAACCUAUGGCUUUCAAGGAACGGACACAAGGCAUGAAACGCAAGUUGAGUUUACGGGAAAUGACAAAUCCGUAUCUACCUAAGAAACGACGACAUUCAGCAAAAUCUCUUGACAGGCUUGUACCUGAUAAGCAUUUUUCAGGUCAGGCGGUAACGAAUUAUCAAUCACUGAAAGACAGCGAACAUAGAAAUUCUGAGCAAAAUCCAGCUAUUGCACCAAUACCGAAAGGUACUGGGCCAUUUCGCGAGUACGCUAACUAUUUGCGUUUGAAGCCAACUACGAUACCUAUAAAAUGCUUCAAAUGCUCAAGUUCUAAUUUCGAAAACCUCCAUCAACUUCGUGAUCAUCAGAAGAUUUGUCUGUUCAAAGACAAACCGCGUACUUCGACGUUUGCAACAGACUCAAAAAAUAACGCAUCUACUUGUCGGCUCAUAGAGGACCGCCUGAGUGAACUACGUAGCAGCAAUUCGGUUGAAAUUACAAAUUCAACACUAUCUCCUAUUGCGGCGAAGCAAAAACAGGCGGCCCCUGGUUCAAACACGACUGCCAGAGCUAAAAAGAGGGUGUUUCUUUGCUCCGCUUGCGGAACAUAUUAUGAAAAUUGGAAUCUCUUUCUGCAUAUGCGUGAGGUCCACAAGCGACACAUCUGCCUCUAUUGCAUAGGAAUGUUUCCAAGUGCCGAACGGCUCACUUUUCAUUUGGAAAUGAAGCACGACUUGGAACAAAAUCACUAUGAUUGCCAAGAGAAAUUGUUGAGAUCAUCGCGAGAUUCAUGCUAUCUAAUGUGUUGUGUCUGUGAACAUCUUUUUACUGAACAUGAAGAUUUCUCGGACCACAAAUGUGCGGAUCACCUGCAACCUUGUUCACUGUGCGGCCAAAAGGGACGCCAUGCACCUAAUUGCAAAGCUGGAACUCAACCGUCUAAAACGAAACACAAGGAUCACCAUGCGAAACGAAAAAAUAAAGUUGCAGACAAGAACUCAAAUCUACCAACUUCAGAGACUCUAGAAAAACGAACAGACCCGAUAUUGAAUGGGAACGAUCCAACUCACCAAGAGACUUCUAUUUUAAGGAAAAUAAUAACCGAUGGAGAUAGAAAGCCGACGCCCAAUGAGGAUUAUGUUCCCUCAAUUCUUAAAGUAAAUGGCUGUGCCGAGGCUAAAACGAGUGAGAAUUUCGAAAAUAUGGAGCUUUUUAAUAGACCCAGUCAAGAAAGCACAAGUCACGAUAAUAGUGAUAAUAAUGUAAAUAGUUUACAAAAGCUUGAAGAAACCCCACAAAAUUGUGUGAUACCCUCUAUAGAUGUUCAACCAAACGAUCCUGAACCUCCACCUCCGGUAGAGAGUGACGUGGGUAGAGAAGAACAAGACAAACCAAAUGAAUCUUUGGAAAGUUCUUUAUCCCAAUCAAAUGCGACUUCAGAACUAACAUCUAGGUCACCUUCGUCUCCGGACAGAGAGUUGAAUGAUUCAGUAAAUGAAAUGAAUGACUCAAUAAAAAGCAGCGAUGUCUCACAAACGCAGGAGGCUCCCGUCGAAUCAAGACCCCUCUUAGUUCCUAAAUUCAAAAUAAAAAUUCCAAAAGAAUUCCAAACCCCUAUAGAAUCAGAGCAAUCGUCUACGGAAAGCGAUGAUAAUGAAGCGAACGAGGAGCACGAAGUCGAGGAGCAAUCUGAAGGAUCAGAUAUGGACAUCGAGGAAGAUAUGCCUGGAGGUACAGUGGAACCUUCAAAUGAAAUAAAUGAAAGUAUAGAGGAGGACGAAAAAAGCUUUGAACAUAAGAUUGACUCGGAAGAAGAAAAAAAAGAAUUCUCAUUCAAUAUGGAGUCGAUUAAGGAAAAUUCUUCAUCCCCAAUCCCGUCUCCGAAGGAAGAGGUGAAAGACGAAUCCGUAGAACACAAAUCUUCAACACCGGAGCCAAUGAAUGAUAUAAAACCUCCAGAUGAAAACGAAUCGAAUGAAAUAGCAGUGGCUGACGAUGACAUUCCUCUAUUAGAACUUUUAUUAGACCAACCUUUGGACAAGAUUGAUAUGGUUGCUUUUAUGCGGAUUUGCUUGCGGGCAUCAUAUCGUAUUUGUCUUUAUUGCAAUCAUGCAAGACGAAUUGCCGUGAAUGGCCAUAGUUUUGCUCUUCAUCUAAUAUCACAACAUCGAUUCUCGGCAAUUGUCGACAGCAUUACAGCAGAAGAGUUAAAACCUUCAACUAUUGUACAAAAGCUAAUGUCGUUCCUUCCUGAUUUGGAGAAUUUAUUCUUCAAUCUGGAAACAUACUGCAGCAAUGACAAGGAAAAUCUGAAACCAUAUGAGAAGAUCUUUGAAUGCUUUCAGUGUCGUUUCGAAACGAGAAUUCACAAGGAAUUGUAUUUGCACAAUAGAAAAAUGCAUUUGAAGACGGCAAUCCUGUGUUUUAUGUGCCGCUCGAAUUUCUUCAGCUACAGCGAGAUUCUGUGUCAUAUGUGCCCUGGGGUACCAAAUAAAUGUGUAAUCUUCGAUAUUAAGUUUCGUUGUUGCUUAUGCGAUAUCGACAACGUUCCAUCGGCGUUUCGACUUAUGGUGCAUCUGAGGAAAAAGCAUUACGCCUGUGAUGUUUGCUUGGAGGAUUGUUUUGAUCAAAGCAGACUGUCGAGUCAUGUAUGGAAGCAUAAACUACACCACCUGUGUUAUCGAUGCGGAAUCGCUUAUCGUAAUAAGCCCGACAUUACGAAACAUCUCUUUUGGAAACAUGGAACGGAAAGUGUGCUAUGUAAACGAUGUCUUCAGAAACGCUGGCCACACGUGUAUCAUUUCUGCAUCCCACCAACCUCCUUUGUAUGCGAAGUGUGCAACGUAACAUUCUCCAAAGCUAUGGCGCUCAAAGUUCACAAAAGGUUACAUUCUGGCGAUGCACCAUAUCCCUGUCCAGAAGAUGAUUGUGACCAAAAAUUCAUUUCAAGGAAACUUCUGUUAAAGCAUUCAAAACGGCACAUCGAACCUGCAAUCGUCGCUCCUGAAGUCAAAGAAGAAGAACAGAAAGAGGAAGUGGUGGAAAAAGCGAAUGAAGAAUGUCCAUCGGAAGGGGAAAAAGAACAACAAGAAUGUCAAGAGGACACUCCAGAGAAGAAUCAGAAGGAGGAGUCAAAAGAGGAAGACGACCGCAAUCAAUCGAAAAGGAAACGGAAAAGAUCGAGAAGAAACAAAGACAAUCUGGACGACUUAAUGGAUCUGCCUGCUCUCAAUCUUUCGGAAAGUGACAGCAGCGACGACUCGGAAACGGAAAAAGCAAAAUCUGAAAAAAGGAGCACACCUAUACCGCAGGUCAUGUUGUCUCCUCCUUCGGAUCCAGACGCCGACGAGGACGUAAGCAAUAGUACGGGAACUCAAAUAAUGGACAUUUGGGAGAAUUUCAAAACGUUUCAGGCUAGUCAAGCGAAAACACAAGAUAACGAUUCUGAUGAAAAUGAUGAUGCUCCGCCUCCGCCAAUUUUACACGUUACGCAAUCCGAUCAUGACUAUUGCAUGAUGUUCAAGCCAAUUUCGAAAAUAUUAAAAGCAUCGAGCAAGGACGAUUUAACUGAGCUUCCAGCAGAAGAACAGAAAUCGGAACAUUCCUCGCCGAAGAAGAAACAGAAAUCUCCACGGAAGGCUCAAAGAUCUGGUAGUGAUUCUUCAUCGAGUGGUUCGAGCAGUGGUUCGGAUUCAAGUUGCUCCUGCGGCUCUAAUUGCAGUUGUAGUAGCUCAAGUGGAAGUUCGAGCGAUUCAAGCUCAAGCUCAGAUAGUGACAGUUCCUCUUCGGAAGGAAGACGUCGAGCGGCUGCCCGACGUGCGGCUAAACUUGAAAAGAAAAAUCAUUCUAAGUCGGAAGAACAGAUUUCAGAAGAAAUGCAAGUUCAAUCUCCAAAAGCAAACACAUCUGAUAUUGUCGAUGUGGUAACGACUGACACAAAACCGCAGGAAAUAAUAGAUCCAGAUUCUGUUAUCUUAGAAUCGGAUUUAGAAACUGAAGAGUCAGACACGGAUGAAGACUUCUACGAUGAACAUCCGCAAAAGUUGGCUAAUCAACUCCUAGCUGAAAAGAGAAAGCAACUGCUAAUGCAAACAAGUCUGAGUCCAUCCCACAAUUUCGAUAUUGUUGAGAAUAGUCGACCGUCUACGCCAUCUAUACCAGAGGAAAUGGUGAAAGAGAAGAAAGUGAAAAUCAAAAAGAAAAAACGCGAGAAAAGGGCAUCAAAGAGUGGCAUUGGCAUAGUGCCAGCAUUUAAGCUCGACAUUCCGGUGUCUUCCCUACAAGCACCUCCCAUUGUUGAUACACCUGCUGCUUUGCCAGAACCAUUACCGCAACCCGAAGUAGUACCAUACAUCCCAGAGACUGUAGCACCUGCUCGAGAAGAGAUACCAUCAAUGCCCGUUUCAGCGCAGCAACCGCUAAGCAGUUCACUGAGCAUGGCAAUGCCAGCGCCUCUAACGCCCAAAAAUCGUUUGAGCACUGGAAGUAGUUCAGAUGCGGAUGCGCCCCUCAAACGGUCAAAGCGAAGGAGGCGACCAAAUAAGUUCUAUGGGUAUUCCAGUGAUGAUGAAAUGGCGGCAUCAGGAUUCCCUCUAUUUAGAGCGGGCGCUUUUAAGCCUACCCCGCCACCUAACUUAACCUGGAGAAAGGAAGAUCUUCCUACUCCACCAUCGAAAUCAUCAGCCCACAAAAGUCACAGGUCACCUGCAAUUCAGGGGAAGAAAUCAACUCCUGCAAACACACCUCCACUCACUCCUCAUCAAGGACCUCCUCCUAUUCCACCAAUAAUAAUUCGACCAUCGGCUCUGCUUUCGAAGAAACCGAUGAGCGUUGACAGCGCUGUUCACAAACCGCCUGUAGUGCAACCUAUUCGAGUGCCACCAGUUCCUGUUCAUCACAUCCGGCCACCACAAUACGUUUCGCCGAAUAGAGGAUUUGAUGAGAGUGAAACGAGUAGUGAUGACGAUAACCGGCUGACAAUAUUGACUCCUGCAGCGAAGAAAAAUAGUCAGCGUUCAAGCGCACAUUCAAAACUGCAACCAGCUCCACAGCAAUAUCACCUACCCGCGCAGCCAGCAAGCAUCUAUCCUGAGGUGCCGCAGCAACCACAACUUGCCCAAGUCGUAUCUCAAUCAGGAAGUUCUGGUUCAACAUCUUCGACAUCAAUAGACUCAAAACGCAUUCCACCAGCGUUACUUCCCAAUCCCGACGCCGCUCGUAUAGAAUACUUUCGUCGUAAUAAUAUACGAUACCCGAUUCAGCCGCCUGCUGGAGCUCGACCCCCGCGGGAAGGAGAAAGCGUCUACUGUUACUGUCGGUGUCCAUAUGAUGAAGUAUCUGAAAUGAUAGCAUGCGAUGGUGACGAUUGCGUUAUUGAAUGGUUCCAUUUCGAGUGUGUUGGGAUAUUGGUUCCCCCUCAAGGGAAAUGGUUCUGCCCUGAAUGCAGACCUUUGUAUCCGAAUGAAACAGCAAAUAUUGGAAAUACUUGAAUAGUUAAAUCAUGUGCAGCGUUAAUGCAGUGUUUCUGCAAGUUGGCCAGAAAAAGGCAAUGUGAGAUUCAUAACUCUUUCUCGAGCUUUGCACUUUUAAGGCCUUCAGAAAAAUGGCUUCCGCUCGCUGCAAGCCACUGGUAAACUUGUCGGAGAUCAAGAGGAGCAAAUUGCCGUGAAUAAACUGCAAAUCUUUUAUUUGUCAAACUUAGUUUUGUGCCAAUUCAACACCGUGGCGCAGUUGGGGUCUACUUAUCUUUCCUUAUCCAGUGAUAAGCAUCACAGCUACUUGUAACGGUAGAGGAUAAUGAUAAAUUAUAAAUACUUAGGCAUAGACAUACAAUGUUUGAAGUUAAUGCUUAUUUGAUUCGUGGAAGAGGAGAAUUAUAUUUGAAGCUUCAUUGACUAAAUUAUUGAAACUUUGCUACUUUUUGGAUUUCAAUAUGAAUUAGAUCAAGUUGUAAAUAUUGUAAAUAUUUUAAGAUGAUAAAUUAAAGAGUAGUUAUGUACACACAAGACAUUACGCUUAUUAUAUCUUCCUGUUAAUGGAGAAAAAUUACUAUCGCAACAUCAGAUAUAAUUACUUUAACUAUUGUAGUUAGAAUAGAGUUAGUAUGUAACAUUGUAAAAUAUGAAUAUAAAUUAAAACAA